CUUGGGCGGAACGUGGCUCGCUCGGCAAUAGUUAGUUACUUCAACUCCACGAUAUAAUCGCACUUAUAAUUGGUGAUUGACCGUACUAAAUAUGGGUAAGGAACCUCGAACUAUAGUCUCAAUUGGGCCAGAGGCAUAACAAAUCGAAGCCCCAAAAUACUCGCUUGCAAAUAAGGUAUGGCGCUCCUUCAUGCACCUGUGCCCAAUGUACAGCCUCGUGUCAUGCAUCUAUCCUUCGGUCCAUUUUCUCCGCUACACUGUCAAAGUUAUUCCUGGAAAGCUUGACGACAAGUGAUUGAUUCCGGUACUGUUGAUCGCAUUGGCACGAUUGUGCUUGCCACUCAAUACUUGAGUACCCUGUAAACAAGCUGGACUCGGACCACUCGAGAUCUUACAUACAUGGCAGACCCAGUUGGAGCUGGCGCUGGGAUAGUUGGCGUCAUUGGUCUAGCUAUCCAGGUCACGCAGGUUGUGGUCCAAUUUAGUAUGGACUGGAAAAAUGCGCCAGAUGAUGUUAAAGCAUUUAUGGCUGAAUUAGGGGCUCUCAAGACCGUGUUAUCAGAAACAAAUGCCAAUAUCCUCCUUAAUGCAGACUUCGAAGCAGCCUUUCAGGACCAACCGUCGGUACUACUGUCUCAGUUGGGGCCUAGUUCCCCAUCAACAACAGACACAAAACGCUUGCUGGAGAUCUGCAAGGGAGAGCUGGAAUCGUUACUUAAAGAGCUGAAAAAGAGGGGAGAAGGUCACCAAUUAGGUUGGGGGAGAUUCAAAAGUGCUUUUUUGGCUCAAGAUACUCGAGAUUCAGUUGAAAAUCUAUGCCGACAAUGUCAACUGUUGAACAGCAUGCUCUCAAUCGACGCGGCCGUACUUGGAGCAACUACGUAUAAAGAAGUCAAAGAGGCAAGGAAAGAGCAGCAGGAAUGGCACCAAGCUGAGGAAAAGAUUUCUAUGGCUAUAAGAGGUGGCGUAGACGAGUCUAACUGGCGACAAGAGAAUCAAUUACGGAAGCACCAGGAGCAGGCCAUUCUCGAUUGGCUUACCCCUAUAGAUUACGCUCCUCAACAGAGCGAUUUUAUCAGUCGGCGACAAACAGGGACUGGACAGUGGCUUCUCGAUUCGACAGAGUUUCAGUCAUGGCUUACAACAGAAAAACAGACGUUGUUCUGUCCAGGAAUUCCAGGUUCAGGGAAGACAAUUCUUACGUCAAUUGUGAUAGAAAAGCUUAUCGCCCAAUUUCGCAACGAUAAAAACAUAGGAAUUGCGUACCUCUAUUGCAACUUCCGGCGCCGAGAUGAGCAGAAGGUUAAUGACUUAUUAGCAAGUCUUCUCAAACAAUUAGCUCAAGGUUUAAACCCUCUGCCAGACGCUGUAAAAUCUCUCUACGCUAAACAUAUUAAUAUCCGGACGCAACCAACAUUGGAUGAGAUCUCACAGGCUCUAGAGUCGGUUGCUACUUUGUAUACAAAAGUCUUUAUCAUUGUUGACGCCCUCGAUGAAUGUUUAAUUACAGGUAGUCACCGAUCAGAUUUUCUAUCGAAGACCUUUGAUGUCCAAGAAAAGAGUGGAUCAAACCUGUUUAUGACUUCGAGACACAUACCAGAAAUCACAGAAAUAUUUCACGGGUCUAUAUCGUUGGAGAUUCGUGCAUUGGAAAGUGAUGUUCGGAGGUAUGUGGAUGGCCACAUAUCAAAUCUGCCAUCUUUCGUUAGACGCAGUCCCGAUUUACAAGAGGAAGUUAAGACUGGGAUCGUGGAAGCUGUUGAUGGCAUGUUCUUGCUCGCCCACCUUCAUCUUGAUUCUUUAAUUGGAAAAAGAUCACCGAAGGCUGUCCGAACUGCAUUGAAAUCGCUGCCCUGUGGAUCUAAGGCAUUUGACGAUGCAUAUAAGGAUGCCAUGAUUCGAAUUGAAGGACAACUGUUGGAUCAAAAAGACCUUGCUUGGCAGGUUCUAUCAUGGAUCACUUGUGCUAAAAGACCAUUGACAAUGUCUGAACUCCAGCAUGCACUUGCGAUAGAACUAGGCGAAUCUAGCCUCGACGAAGAUAACCUUCCACAAAUUGAAGAUAUGGUCUCAGUUUGUGCUGGAUUGGUUACUGUCGACGAGGAAAGCGAAAUCAUUCGAUUAGUUCAUUAUACGACACAGGAGUACUUUGAGCGAACGAUGGAAACAUGGUUUCCAAAUCUAGAGGCUGAAAUUACGAAAAUCUGCGUUACAUACCUCUCAUUUGAUACGUUUGAAAGUGGAAUCUGCCAGAACGACAGGGAGUUUGAAGAACGGCAAAGGUCAAACCAACUUUACAACUACGCCUCAUUUAAUUGGGGUCACCACGCUCGCGAAGCUUGUACAUCUAUCCCAGAAGUCCACAGUUUUCUUAAAAAACGUGCUCAGAUUCAGGCAUCUAUCCAAGUACUACUAGUUAAGAAAGCAACUUACUUGGGCGAGUCACAGUAUAGCCAAGUCUUUUCAAGAGAGUUGACGGGGCUGCACUUAGCAGCACAUUUCGGAGUUGAGAAAACAGUACAGCACUUGCUCGGCACUAAUAUUCCAGAUGAGCUAGAUGGAUAUGGCCGAACGCCGCUGUCGCGGGCUGCAGAGAAUGGGCAUGAAGCCGUAGUCAAGCUGCUGUUAGCGAAUAACGCCGACAUUAACCUAAAGGAUGAACUGUAUGGUCAGGCGCCCCUGGCUUGGGCUGCCAAUAGCGGCCAGGAAGCUAUGGUUAAGUUGCUACUAGCGAACAAGGCCGAUAUCGAACUGAAAUGUACAAGGUAUGGCUGGACGCCACUACUGUGGGCCGUAGUGCAUGGGCCCGAAGCUGUAGUGAAGUUUCUACUAGAGAGCGGAGCCGAGAUGAACUCACAAGAUAACUCUGACCGGACAGCGCUGUCAUGGGCUGCAGGGUAUGGGAAAGAAGCUGUCUUCAAGCUGCUCUUGGAGAAAGGCGCUGAUAUCGACUUAAAGGAUAAGGAUACCCGCACACCACUAUCAUAUGCUGCAGAGAAAGGACACGAAGCUAUAUUAAAACUACUGCUAGUAGACAGUGCUGAGGUUAACUUAAAGGAUACAUGGAUGGAAAGGACGCCGCUAGUAUGGGCCGCAGCGAAUGGACAUGAAGCUGUCAUCAAGUUACUGGUACUACACAAUGCCGAGAUCGACAUAGAGGACACCCAUGCCCGAACGGAGCUAUCGCAUGCUGCAGAGAAUGGGCAAGAAGCUUUAGUUAAGCUACUGCUCGCCCGCAAUGCCAAGGUCAAUGUAGAGGACAAAUGGGAACGGACGCCGCUGCUGUAUGCUGUACAGGGUGAUCAUGAAGCUGUAGUCAAGCUGCUGUUGAAGCAACAUGCUAAAAUCGACUUGAAGGAUACAACUCAUGAGCAGACGGCGUUGUCGUUGGCGGAAAUGAAAGAGGAUGAGGCUGUGAUAAAGCUACUACAGAUACACAAGAAGGAAGAGUGCGUAGUCUGUUAAUCCGACCUACAAAUAAUCACCAAAACUAUGCCA